AUGAAAUCGUUGUUUAUUAUUAAAUAUAUUAACUUAAUUCUUUUUGCUAUUAUUGCCAAUAUUCCAAAAACUGUAACAGAUGCAUCAUCGUCUGUAAAUUUGGUCUCAUUGUAUAAUUCAAACGAUAAAAUAACUGUUCUAACAAGUGAAAAUUUUUCCUCGGCAGUUAACCAAUCGGGAACGGCAUGGCUAAUUGAAUUCUAUGCAAGUUGGUGUGGUCAUUGUCAAUCUUAUGUCAAUACUUACCGAGAAAUCGCUAUAGAUACUUGGACAUGGAAAAAGAUUGUUCGCGUUGGAGCAUUAAACUGUUAUGCAGGAAAGAAUGAAGCGGUAUGUCGUCAAUAUGGUAUCAGAGGCUAUCCAACACUUCGGUUAAUACCUCCAGGUACUAGUUCUUAUAAUGCAUCUAAAGGCAUUGAUAUUCCAGCAAUGAAUGCCAAUGCGGUGGAAAACGGACUUAUUAAAGAGCUUGAAAAAAUGCAUAAAAAAUACAAAUCAUGGCCAUAUUUUACACCAGUCAAUCGAAUUACAUUUGAAGAAAUUUAUUCACGUAUACCACCGGCAGUCAAAGUCCUUUUAGUAAUUGCAGAAAAACGAGACGAUUUUACUGGUCGACAAGUUAUGCUUGACUUUUCUCAAUAUCGCGAACAAAUAGCUAUUUGUCGAACAACUACAGAUGGAAAAUUAUGGCAUAAAUUUAAUAUUAGUUUAACAGAUGUACCGGCUUUAUUUGUUAUCUUUCGUAAUAGAACUGCUCAAAGAAUCAAUAUUGAACGAAAUAACUAUAGUAAUAUUGAUACUCGAAAUUCGUUUAACAAUGGUAUUCGAUCAUUUAUACAUAGAACACAUUCCAUUGAUGAUUUUGAUGAUCAUGAUCUCGAAGAGGUUAUUCUUCGUAAAAAUGCACUUAAAAAUGCGGAUAAAAACCAAAGAGUAACUCACAACAAGACUAUAACAGAUGAUAUCGGUGAUAAUAGUACAGUUCAUCGUAAAGUUAAUAUGGUUGAUCUUGAAUUAGCUUUAACUUACAUGUUUCGAACAGAAGUACCUCAAAUGAAGGACAUUCAAGGUAAAGCUUAUGAUGCAUUAGUUCAAUGGUUGUCUGUGCUUACUAAGUAUUUUCCUGGUCGUGCACCAGUGAUGGCAUAUUUUCAACAGUUAUUAUCAAGUGUUAAUGAAAAACCACAUGGUUUCAGUGGAAGUCUAUUUCGGGAUAUGGUUGAUAUGAAAAUAUCGAAUGCUUAUUUACCUAAUGAUCAUGUUCAAUAUCAACAUUGUGCAGGAUCUGCUCCACAAUAUCGUGGCUAUCCAUGUGCACUAUGGCUUCUUUUCCAUACGCUCACUGUUUCACAAUAUCAAGCUGAAUCACAAGAUAUUAAUGUUACCGAAGUUCUAUUAGCUAUAAAAAAUUAUAUUAAAUUUUUUUUUGGUUGUAAACAAUGUAGUGAUAAUUUUAUGAAAGAAACUAUCAAUAUAACUCAACUUGAUUCACAAAAUAAACACCAAGCUAUUAUCUAUCUUUGGAAAGUUCAUAAUAGUGUUAAUAAACGUUUACAGGGUCAAAUAACUGAAGAUCCUAAACAUCCAAAAGUUCAGUUUCCAAAUCGAUAUCUAUGUACAACAUGUAAAUCAAUCAAUAAUAGUCAAAACAAUGAUGACUAUGAUAUUUCAAAAACAAUCGAUUUUCUUCUUGAUUAUUACUCAAGAAAAAAUAUCGAUAUAUCAUUAAUAUCAAAUAAAUCUCGUCUUCUUGAAGAACUAUCAACUGAAGAAGAACGUUUAGUUUCAACUGCAGAAUACAAAGAUGUCAAACUACAACGUGUUGCAUAUAAGAACGAAAACUUGCAGCAUGUAGAGUAUAGGAGUGAGAAAUUGCAACAUGAAGAAUAUAAGAGAGAAAAACUACAACAUACGAAGCACAAGGAAGAAAAAUCACAGCAAGUAGGAUCAACUAAUUCUUUGAUGAUAAUUUUACAACAUUCUUCGCUUUAUGUGUUGCUUGCUUCUAUUAUUAUUAUUCUUGUUCUAUUUCGUCGUCGAUUUUGUAAAGCUAAAACAAAGCGUUAUGUAAUUUAA